CGAGCAGAGCAUCUGCCAGGCCCGGGCCUCGGUCAUGGUCUACGACGACACCAGUAAGAAGUGGGUGCCCAUCAAGCCGGGUCAGCAGGGGUUCAGCCGCAUCAACAUCUACCACAACACUGCCAACAACACCUUCAGGGUGGUGGGCGUCAAGCUGCAGGACCAGCAGGUGGUCAUCAACUACUCCAUAGUGAAGGGCCUCAAGUACAACCAGGCCACCCCGACCUUUCACCAGUGGCGGGACGCCCGGGAGGUCUAACGCCUUCACUUCGCCAGCAAGGAGGAAGCCACCACCUUCUCCAACGCCAUGCUCUUCGCCCUCAACGUCCUCAGCGCUCAAGACGGAGGUCCCGCUGUCCAGCGCCACGUCCAGAAUGGACCAACUUCAGAUGAGAUGGAAGUUCAGAGAGCGAGGCAGAUGAUGGAGCAGCAGCAGCAGAUGCAGGCUCACAUGGAGCGGGAGCUGCGGUCCUCCAACUCAGGUUCUCCUUUCCAGGGCCACCCUGCCGUGCUCUCCGUGGCCCCCCCGGUAAUACCUCCCCCGAUGAACAUGGGCGGCCCUCCUCCGCCUCCUCCGCCGCCGGGACCUCCGCCGCCUUCGGCGGGGGCCCCCCCGCCUCCGCUGCCGCCGCCGCUCCCCAUGGGCGGGGGCAGCGACGCGGACGAGCCCCCCGCCCAGACCGGCCUCGCCGCCAUGAUCGCCGGAGCCAAGCUGCGGCGCGUUCAGAGACCCCAAGACGAGAGCCCCUCAGGCGCCAAGAACGAUGCCAACCGCUCGAGUGGAGGAAGCGGAGGACUGAUGGAGGAGAUGAACGCCCUGUUGGCGCGAAGGAAAGCAGCCUCAGAGAGGCCCGAGGACAGCCAAAAUGACGAUCCAAACUCUCCGUCCCCCAGCACCCGGAGUGGACAGAACGCCACAGAUGCAAAGAAGCCGUGGGACCGAGCUAACUCCGCCGACAGGUCGGUGGCCUCCAGGGUGCGGCCCGCGGGGGGGGGCAGCGACGCAGACUCGUUGGACCUCGACAGGAUGAAACAGGAAAUCUUGGAGGAGGUGUUUCGUGAAUUGCACAAAGUGAAGGAUGAAAUCAUCGAUGCCAUUAGACAUGAACUCAGUCGAAUCAGCACGACAUAAUCUUUCAGAAGCUACUCCCCCGACAUGAACCACCUUUUUGAACCAUGGCGCCCUGCAUCAGCCGCUGUGGCCCCGCUGAGGAGGAGGAGGAGGAGGAAGGAGAGAAGUCAGGAACCGGAGGCCCAAACUGUGACAUCUACUCGUCCUGUUCAGCUGCGGUGUUGAAGCAACGGCGGCGUAACCGGCGGCGGCGUGUGCGUGUAACGUUUGUUUGUGUGUUUGGACGUGAAUGAGACACACUCUCGCACUGAUUCCCUCACAUGUUCUGUUUCUGUUUGUUUGCCCAUUUUGCCCCUUUGUCCUCUGCCUGAAGAAAAAUGGAAAAACUUUGACAAAUUUGUUUAAAACUUUUUACUAUUAUUAUUCUUACUAUCAUUUUCAUUAUUCUUACUAUCAUUUUCAUUAUUCUUACUAUCAUUGUUAUGAUUGUCAGUGUAAUGUUGAUAUGAGUAGUAGUUGUGUAGCGAGUACAAUGGUAAUAAUGAGGAAACAAUCAUGAGAAUAUGAUAGUAAUAAUAAUGUCAAUUAUUAUAAUUGCACAUAAUUUUAUGUCAGCCUUUUUAUUUAAAAUUGUUUCUUUUCAUUUUCCUUAGUUUUAGAUAUACUUGGAAGCACAUCCCAAAAAAAGAGAAUUCUCAUCAUUUAACCUGGAACAUUUUUUAAAGGUUUUUUAUCCCUUUCGCCAACACGUGUGGAACCACGGCAGAAAAAUACAGGCUGCGACCUGAAACCGAGGGUGGAAUAAACUUCUUUGGAUAUUGAAAUCUUAUAAACAAAAAAAAUGAAUAAAUAAUACACCAGAGUAUUUGUGAUCAUGUUGUUAAUAAAAUGUUUAUCGGCUGAAGAGUUUUUCUUUUUAUUCUCUCCUUUGAAUACAAAGUGCUUCCAGGUUGGCAAAGAGAAAAAAAGAAACGCACUAACUUUAAAAAAAAAUGAAUUCAAAUAAAACUGUGAACAAUGUCUUGCAUUAA